UGGGUGCAAAGGCCUCUCUGUACCCCGUAGUUACUGUAUUCAGAUCAGAUACGUGCCUUUGUGCACAAAGCUGACAAAGCCCUCAUGGCCUCAUAGCAACUAGAAAACUCAAGUUUCUUUUCUGCACCGGGAACGGGCGAGCCCUGUUCGCGCUUUCAGCUCGUCUCCAAAUGCGACCUGGCCUGGCAGGCAUAGCGGCGGAGAUGCUGAGCGGUGUCACCGGCAGGGCAAGGCCGAGGCUCGGCAGCCUCUUCCUCGCAUCGACAACCAAAACAUCACCGGCUGCGCUGCAGACCGGCAGUGGGAAUCAGAGAUUCCGGUCCACGUCGUCUGCGCAGGGUUUCUCAGAACUGGCAAGAGAGCGGUCAAAGACGGUCACUUCGUUUUACAACCAGUCUGCCAUCGAUGUAUCGGCGGAAAAGGCUUCAGUGCGACUGACCUUAGCCACCCUCCUGUAUUCUGGGAAGUCUCCUGAUGGACACCACAUCUUGAGCAGUGCCAAUUACCUUCACAAGGAGCUGCCUGUGCGGAUCGCUCAUCGCAUCAAGGGCUUCCGCAGCCUGCCCUUCAUCAUCGGCUGCAACCCCACCAUUCUUCAAGUGCAUGAACUGUAUAUCAGAGCCUACCACAUGCUCAGUGACUUUCCACAGAUCAAGGAUCAGGAAGUCGAGGCUCGUUUCUGUAAACUGGUGCAGCAGCUGCUGGACGACCACAAAGACGUGGUCACCAUGCUGGCCCAGGGCUUCAAGGAGUGUCGCAGGCACAUCCAGGAUGAGACCAUCAUCAGGAACUUCUUGGAUACAACACUGUGCUCUCGUUUAGGAAUCCGAAUGUUGGCCACACACCAUCUUGCUCUUCAUGAAGAUAAUCCGGAUUUCGUCGGGAUCAUCUGCAGACGCCUGUCCCCUAAAAAGAUCAUAGAGAAGUGGGUGGACUUUUCCAGGCGUUUGUGUGAACACCAGUAUGGCAACUCUCCCAGGGUCCGGAUCAACGGGCACGUCGCGGCCCGGUUCCCCUUCAUCCCCCUGCCUCUGGACUACAUCCUGCCAGAGCUUUUGAAGAAUGCAAUGAGGGCCACCAUGGAGAGCCACCUAGACACCCCGUACAACGUGCCUGAUGUGGUUGUUACCAUCGCCAACAACGACAUUGACUUUGUCAUAAGGAUUUCUGAUCGUGGAGGCGGCAUCCCUCACAAAAUAAUAGACAAGGUGAUGGACUACCACUUCAGCACUGCAGAGGAGAGCGUUCAGGACCCCCGCAUGAGCAACCUGUUCAACACCAUCACCAACAGUGGGAACCAGUCCAGCCCCAUGCAUGGGUUUGGGUUCGGUUUGCCCACAUCCAGGGCCUACGCAGAGUACCUGGGCGGCUCUCUCUCCGUUCAGUCCAUGCAGGGCAUCGGCACCGACGUCUACCUGCGUCUGCGCCACAUCGACGGCAAAGGAGAAAGCUUCAGAGUGUAGAAGUAACCCUCUGAUCCCUGUAGGUCCAAACCGGGGAACCAGGCCAUGUCAGAGGGCUUUUCCCCACUUAAAGGCAGGAAGAGACGAAGUUUUAUGUCUGCUGAGUGGCAGCCUUUCAGAUCACUCUGCCAGAUCUCCUUUGUUUAGCCUUUGACUGAAUAUAAGCUAUGUUAGCUCUCCAUUGAAUGAUUUUGGUUGUUCUUUUGUUUUGUUUUUUUUGCAUUUUGUACCCCAUGGCACGUCGUCUCCUUAAUUUUUGAAUGUUUUGUUUAUCGGGACAGACUGCAUGAUAAAAGAGCAAGAAGAAGAUUCCUGUUUAAAGAAGUUGAGAAUGAA